AUGGCAUACUCGGACCAGAAAGGGCCAUCAUCGUCGUGGCGCGAGGGAGGCUUCCGGGAGCUCACCGUCGACCCUAGACAGCGCCGUCACACGACCCGUCUGCACCGCACACAGGCUAAUACGUACAUAAUACCAGCGAGUUACCAGGACGUCGUUGAGCUCCUGGUCCGGGAUUUGGUGCCCAACCCUGGCACGGAACUUGCCAUUCUGAACGCAAAAAGUUGGCUCACAAUGAUACCUGGUCACCAUUCCGCCCAGGUCCCCAGGUCCCCGGUCGCUGCCAUCGCUCCCCCGUUGCAUUGCCUGCUUGCCGUCCAAAUACCAACGGGCUGGCGCAAUUCGCAAAAGCCCUUCAUCUUUCCCCGAGCCCUCGCUGGUUGCAACUUACUUGCAUUUCCCAUCAGUCUCAAUCGGCGACACCCAGCUGCUCGCCUUUGCUUGCGCAUUCCCUCGCGCGUCAUUACGGCAUGUUCCAUCGCCAACCUCUUCCAAAUAACCCUGCACCCGAAGCAGCCCGAUAUUUCACCGAGCUUCCCAAGCAGCAACCCGGGCCGCCGCUGCAGAUACAUUCUGUCCCUGCGCACGCCGCCUCAUCCCAGUCGCCACGUCCGCAACAACAGCCGCCGCAACAACAGACGCAGCAACAGCAGCCCCCCGCGCCGCCGCAACCCCUGUCGCAUCCCCAUUCCCAGCAGCGCAGUGUCAAGCGCCCCCGACCGGUCAAGUCCUUGCCAGAAAUCGAAUCGCGCCUGCAAAUACUCAGCAGACGCAGACGGCCUGCCCGACUCAGACGUCUCUGACGUGGAAUUGCCGGAGUCUGGCCGCCCUUCCAAGCGCAAUUGCCCCCCAGGCACUACCCCUUCUGCGACAUCUAAUGCCGCCGACUCGAGCGCCCUUGCCGCCGCCGUCGCAGCCGCCAAGAACAGCGAUGCAUCUGGAUUACCGCUCUUGGAAGAGCUUUCUUUGCGAAUGGAGCGUCUGGAGAAGCAAGUCAUGGUCCGCAGUCCAGCCGUCACAGACUUGAGUGCAGGCCGAGUCGCCGUGGCCACUGCAGAUACAAUUCGUGGGCUCAGCGUCAAGAAUGGUGCCAAGCGGACUCGGUUUUUUGGACAAGCAAGCCCCAGGAUCAUGUUCAACUUGUUUGACGAUGCCAAGUCAUUCAUUCAUCAACACCGGAGUAUCGCUGGCGGCCGCGAGGUCCUGUCCGAUUUUCGCGCCGCCCACCAUUUUAUCCACGAAAACUACAACAAGGCUCUGACUCCGAUUUCAGUCUAUGUUGAUUCCAUGAUGCCCGUUCAGAAGCGCAUGACUGAUAUCCUGCCCGCAAAGGACGUUUGCGAUCGGCUAGUCUCAUCCUACGUGGACUCCUCCGAGACCAUCUACCGUAUUCUUCAUAUACCCUCAUUUAUGGAGCAAUACAACCUGUAUUGGAGUGGCAGACAGCAGUCCAUAUUCUUUUUACCCCAACUCUUGGCUGUUCUAUCAACAGCGUCUCGCUUCGAAACGAAAUCUAAAGGAAUUCUGCACGAGAGAGUCGAUGGGGUGCACAACCCUACCAGCUGCGCCUUGGUUCGCAGCUGGCUGGAUAGCCUGAAAGGCAAAGAACGUGUCGAGUUUGAAUCUUUGCAGGUCGAAGUACUACUCCUGCAUGCCCAGCGGAUGGUGACGCAACGGACCAAUGAAUUGUGGGCGCAACUCGGUUACAUUGUACGGAAUGCCAUGUCUAUGGGCCUGCAUCGCGAUCCCUCCGAGUUUGGGCCUCGCAUGUCUGUCUUCCAAGGCGAGCUUCGCAGGCGACUCUGGUUCACCAUUAUGGACAUUGAUGUGCAUUUGUCGAUUGCUCUGAAUAUGCCCACCACAGUGCGGGAAGGCGAUUUUACCUGUCGGGCGCCCCGGAAUCUAGACGACUUGGAUCUUUUUGAAGGCAUGAGAGAACUGCCACCGUCCAAGCCGAUUGAUCAGAUUACGGACAACCAGCUGCAGGUGUACGGCGCAAUGACACUACCAACCCGCAUGAAAGUAGCUCAUUUGGUGAAUACUAUUGACUCGAUCAGGGACUAUCAAGAAGUCCUGGAUGUGGGCAUCAAGCUGGACAGUUUACUCGAAGAUAUCAACUAUCUGUUUCCGCGCCAAGGCAUACUCAACGACACACAAAAGAGCAAGAUGUGGAGGUCACGCGUCAUUCUUGAUAUGCAUGCGAGACGACCACUUCUUGCACUAUAUCGCAGCUUAGCUAUGGGAACACCAGACGCCCCUCCCCAGAUUACACGUGCGCACCUGCGAUCAUCCAUGGUGAUUCUCAAAUACCUGGAUGAAAUUGACCCGCGUCAGCCGUAUUUCGAAAUUAUUACCGCCAUGUACCACCAAAUGCUGAAGCAUGAUAUUGUGCAAGCGGCCCUCAGCGUCUGCUACUACAUCCAAGCAGCCCACCGAAGUUCGGAGAACAUGAUGGGUGCUCAUCCACGCCAGUCACCGGAAUACGGCGUCGACGACUAUCCGCUCUAUAAGCCAGAAACGACGCUGUCCAUUUGGUCACCAGAGCGCAUGGUUAGCACGGUGGAAAAGUCUCUUGAAAUCCUCACGCGACAUAGCAGCGGCAAUGAUACGAAAGAUUUGUUGACGCUGGCGCUCGUUUUGGAAACAGUGAGGAAGCCGGAAUUGCGGGCCGACGAGGUCGUGCGCGGUCUGUACAGCGUGUUGGAUCUGCUGCUUCGCUCGUCCAACACGACGCUGGAAAAGGUGCGCUCGGUGCCGCAGACACAGGAACGAUAUGGGUCUGACGGGUAUGCGCAUGACCAUGCACACAUGAGCAAUCCGGCGGCAACGGCGGCAGAUUUCGGCGGCUGGCUCAUCUGGGACGGAUGGGACUAG